GAAGUGGCAAAAAGAACGUAUGAAAGACAAAGAACAUCAAACAUCUGAGGAACUUUCGGAAGAAAGUGACACUGAAUUUGAAGAGGGUUUCAAAGUACCAGGAUUUCUCUUCAAAAAGCUUUUUAAGUACCAGCAGACAGGUGUUAGGUGGCUCUGGGAAUUGCACUGCCAGCAGGCAGGAGGAAUUCUGGGAGAUGAGAUGGGAUUGGGCAAGACCAUCCAGAUAAUUGCCUUCUUGGCAGGUCUGAGCUACAGCAAGCUCAGGACUCGUGGUUCAAAUUACAGGUACCAGGGAUUGGGUCCAACAGUUAUAGUUUGUCCAACUACUGUCAUGCAUCAGUGGGUAAAAGAGUUCCACACUUGGUGGCCUCCAUUUAGGGUCGCUGUUCUUCAUGAAACUGGUUCUUACACCAACAGGAAGGUGAAACUAAUUGAUGAGAUUGCUUCAUGCCAUGGAAUUUUAAUUACAUCUUAUUCAUACAUUCGACUGAUGCAGGAUAACAUCCACAGCUAUGACUGGCAUUAUGUGAUUCUGGAUGAGGGUCACAAAAUUCGAAAUCCAAACGCUGCAGUCACACUUGCAUGCAAGCAGUUCCGCACACCCCAUCGAAUCAUCUUGUCUGGCUCUCCUAUGCAAAAUAACCUAAAGGAGCUCUGGUCCCUCUUUGACUUUGUAUUCCCAGGGAAGCUGGGAACAUUGCCUGUGUUCAUGGAGCAAUUUUCUGUUCCGAUAACCAUGGGAGGAUAUUCCAAUGCCUCUCCUGUCCAGGUAAAAACUGCAUACAAAUGUGCCUGUGUGUUACGGGACACCAUAAACCCCUAUUUGCUGCGCAGAAUGAAGGCUGAUGUAAAAAUGAGCCUUUCACUUCCAGAUAAGAAUGAACAGGUCCUCUUUUGCCGUUUGACAGAUGAACAGCGUCAAGUCUAUCAAAAUUUCAUCAACUCUAAAGAAGUUUACCAGAUUCUCAACGGAGACAUGCAGAUUUUCUCAGGACUAGUAACUUUAAGAAAGAUUUGCAACCACCCUGACCUCUUUUCUGGUGGUCCCAAGAUUUUGAAGGGUGUACCAGAUGCUGACAUAGAGGAAGCAGAUCAGUUUGGAUACUGGAAACGUUCUGGAAAAAUGAUAGUGGUAGAAUCCUUGCUGAAAAUAUGGCACAAGCAAGGUCACAGAGUGCUGUUUUUCACUCAGUCAAGGCAGAUGCUGCAGAUACUUGAAGUCUUUGUGAAAGACAGAAAUUAUUCCUACCUCAGGAUGGAUGGCACCACAUCUAUAGCUUCCAGGCAGCCCCUUAUAACAAGAUACAAUGAGGACAAAUCCAUAUUUAUUUUUCUUCUAACAACUCGUGUUGGUGGCAUUGGAGUUAACUUGACUGGUGCUGACCGGGUUAUUAUUUAUGAUCCUGACUGGAAUCCCAGUACAGACACACAGGCUCGGGAACGUGCUUGGAGAAUAGGCCAAAAGAAACAGGUGACUGUGUACAGGCUUCUCACGGCAGGUACUAUUGAAGAGAAGAUAUACCACAGGCAAAUCUUCAAACAGUUUUUAACGAACAGAGUGCUGAAAGACCCUAAGCAGAGGCGCUUUUUCAAAUCCAAUGACCUGUAUGAACUUUUUACUCUGAGCAGCCCAGAUGUGUCUCAGAAAACUGAAACAAGUGCAAUUUUUGCAGGUACUGGUUCAGAAGUUCAAGUUCCAAAACGCCAUUUGAAACAGAAACUUGAAAAGCAACCUGAUAAUGACACUUCUAAAGGUGAUCUCCAUCUUACAGAAAGCAGCUCACCAAAGUACAGCAGAUCAUCCAAUUCCUACACAACCACCCACAUGACAAAUUGUUCUUCUAAAGCAAUAGAGACCAGUGAGGAAGUCCAAGGAAGUUUGGAAGCCUUUGAAAAUAGCUAUGCAAAAGAAAAUACAGAAGCUGCUACUACUAUAAAUUCAUUGAAUAAAAGCAAGGAGGAAAGCUUGGAAGAAGACAAAUCUAUGUCCCUGCCAUUGCCAGGUGAUGCAGGGUCUUCAGAGAAUGCCAAAUGUCUGAGUGCUGAGGUGGCUGAAGUACAUGGAGCAGCUAAUGCAAAUGUCGAGGGAGAUUUUAGCCUUACAUGUGGUGCAGCUGGCUCUUGGGAAAAGCAGGUGGCUAAAGCUGAAGAUGGGCAAUUAGAUAAUACUCAUUAUAAAUGUACUUCAAAAACAAAGCACAGGGUGGAUAUGCUGUCACAUGAGAGUCACAAAGAUAAAUCUAAGAAGAAACAUCACAAAGAUGCCAAAUUUGAAGGAGAGCGCAUUCCUCAUCUAGUGAAACAAAAGCGAUACAGAAGGGAGAAUAGUGAAGAGAAGGAGGAAGACUCAAAGAAAACUGAUGAUUAUGUCUUGGAAAAACUUUUCAAAAAGUCAGGGGUACACAGUGUUAUGAAGCAUGAUGCCAUUAUGGAAGCUUCUAGUGCAGAUCAUGUGCUGGUGGAAGCAGAAGCAAACAGAGUGGCACAGGAUGCCUUAAGAGCCUUAAAAGUCUCUCGACAGCGCUGUUUAGGAGCUGCUUCUGGUGUGCCAACCUGGACAGGCACAACUGGUUUUUCAGGUGCACCAUCAGGAAUAAAGAGUCGAUUUGGUCAAAAAAGAAACCCCAUGCUGCUUUCAUCACGUUCCACUUGCGCAUCACCUGUGAAGAAGUGCAAGGAUGCAGAUACAGUAAAGAAAGAAAAGGUAAAGAAGUCUAAUUCCGAUGGGCACUUUGACGGAAAAUCAGGAGAAUCAUCAUCCAGUGCACUAGACUCAUCAUCUUUACUUGCUAAGAUGAGGGCAAGAAACCACCUUCUUUUACCACAACAGAGAGUGAAUGAGGGAGAUGAAAAUCAUCAGCAACCACCCACCCCAGCCCCAGGUUCAACAGAAUAUGAUGAACUGCUCGUGGAUAUGCGUAACUUCAUAGCGUUCCAGGCCCGUGUGGAUGGCGAGGCCAGUACUCGGGAACUACUGAACGAGUUUGAGUCCAAACUGCCAGUAGCACAGUCCUGCGUCUUUAGAGAACUUCUCCGCAAUCUCUGCACCUUCCACAGGAACCCGAAUGGUGAAGGUGUCUGGAAGCUAAAGCCAGAAUUCCGCUGA